GUUGACGUGUCCCAGGCUGCUGAGUUUUUUGGAAAGCUGCUGUUCGACGACACAGCGGGCUGGCCGCUGACAGAUGCUGGCUACUCGUCAAACCCCAGCUGCAUCAUUGAGCUCAGCUUGGGCCCAUUCAAUGGUGAGUUGGCUUUAAGCACACCUGGCAAAGACAAAGCAAAACUCUUGGAUCGGGACACAGAGAUGCAGGAUAUGGUGACCAAAAUUGUGGCUCGAGCAAAGCGUUUGAAAAGGUGUGCCAGCUCUGACAAGAGUUUGUCGCCAGCGCUCCUGGUAGCGCAGGCGCCCGGCUCUGGCAAGAGCCAUUUCUUGGCCGAGUUGGGUGAGAACAUCUCGCGUCUUUGGGACUUAGAUGGCAAUUUGCAGAGGCCAAUUGUUUCUGUCUUCACUUACAACUCUGCCAUGGGCGACAAGUGGACCGAUGUAUCUCGUAUGAGCAACAGCGGCGUGGACUUGGGUCUGCGGGUUCUGUUCGGUGCUGCCCAUCACAUGACAAGCACUGGAUUGCGCUGCAAGUCUUGGAUGGCCUUCUUGGAUGCCAUCAAUCAAGCUGUUUCAUCUGAAAACAUGCUGCAGAGCCUUGUCGACCUCAAUUUUGUGGUUAAGAUCCUGCGCCACUGGUAUGGUGCCCGGCCUCUACUAAUCCUUGCCGACGAGGUCCAAAAGCAUCCGGCGCUCAUGUGGAAGCCGAGCACAAAGUUCGCCGUCCCAGCCUGGGUGGACAACCCAAGCAAUGGAAACGGCAAACGGAUUGGCUUCGAGCAAAAAAUCCGUGCCCUGGAGAAAUACUUGCUGAUGUGGUGGAAGCCGCUGACUGCAUCAGGUCGCAGUGCAUUGUCUUUGAAUGCAUUGGACACGGAAGCAUGCCAUGUCUUCAAGACGGAGUCCACAUGGUUGAGCGUGCACCUGCUCCAAACGGUGGAUUCGAAUGGAAAGCACUACUACAAG